AUGAGUUUAGGUACACCAGCAGUUGUGAUGGACAAUGGUACAGGGUUGACGAAGUUGGGUUUUGCCGGAAAUGAUUCUCCUUCAUUUAUCUUCCCAACUGCCAUUGCCACUUCAUCAGCAUCUUCGAAGGCAAAUAAAACUACAAUCCGUUCGUCAAACUUGUCAUCUAAAAGAGGGUUAGAAGACUUGGAUUUUUACAUCGGAGACGAAGCAAUUGAAGCUGCUAGUGGACCUCAAUAUGGGUUGCACUACCCUAUUAGACACGGCCAGAUUGAGGAUUGGGAUCAAAUGGAAAGAUUCUGGGAAAGCUCCAUUUUCAAGUACUUGAGGUGUGAACCAGAGGAUCAUUACUUUUUAUUGACAGAGCCACCUUUGAACCCACCGGAAAAUAGAGAAAGCACUGCCGAGAUCAUGUUUGAAAGUUUCAAUUGUGCAGGAUUGUAUAUUGCUGUACAAGCAGUCCUAGCAUUGGCUGCUUCGUGGACCUCCCCAAAAGUCCAGGACAGAUCGUUGAGUGGAACAGUUAUUGAUUCUGGUGAUGGUGUUACUCAUGUCAUUCCCGUUGCCGAGGGUUACGUGAUAGGUGCUGCGAUCAAAAACAUCCCAUUGGCCGGUAGAGAUAUAACGUUGUUUAUUCAACAAUUGUUGAGAGACAGGGGCGAGACGGACACGAGUUUGCAAACUGCCGAGAGAAUCAAGCAACAAUUUUGCUAUGUUUGUCCAGACAUAGUCCAAGAAUUUGCAAAGUUUGAUCAAUAUCCCCAGGAAAAAUUUGCCCAAUACAUUGUUGAGUACACAGACAAGAAUAAGAAUAAGACAGUUGACGUAGGGUAUGAGAGAUUUUUGGCUCCGGAGAUUUUCUUUAAUCCAGAAAUUUGCUCAUCGGAUUUCCUUACUCCGUUGCCUAUUGUUGUUGAUCAAGUGAUACAGGCUUCCCCAAUUGAUGUUAGAAAGAAAUUAUACAAAAACAUAGUCUUAUCAGGAGGAUCCACGAUGUUUAAAGACUUCGGUAAGAGAUUACAAAGGGAUUUGAAAGCCAUAGUUAAGGAGAGGGUCGGAUUGAGUGAAAAAUUGAGCGGGGUCCAAAGUAGUGGUGUUGACGUGCAAGUCAUUUCCCACAAAAAGCAAAGAAACGCUGUUUGGUUCGGAGGAAGUUUGUUGGCGCAGACAUCCGAGUUCAAAAGCUUUUGUUACACCAAGAGUGAUUACGAUGAGUAUGGACCAAACAUUGUGAGAAACUUCUCCUUGUUCUCUGUGCCAUAA